CGGUGCUGAAUCACGGCCCCGGCCCCGGCCCCGUGAGUCAGCCCCGGGCGGGGCGGGGCCGCGCGGCUUCACCUGCGGCCAGGACCGGGCUCGGCCCCACGCGCGGCACCGGCGGCGGGGGAGCAGCAGCGGGAACCGAGCGGGCGGCACAGCCGGAGGCAGCGAUGGCAGCGCAGGCCGAGUACCACCGGCUGGAGGACUACGAGGAGGAUUCCCCCCCCGGCGAGGAGGAGCUGCUGGUGCACGUCACCGAGGGGCUGCAAGACUCCUGGCACCACAUCAAGAACCUGGAUAAUUUCUUCACCAAGAUCUACCACUUCCACCAGAAGAACGGCUUCGCCUGCAUGAUGCUCUCCGACCUCUUUGAGCUGGUGCAGUUCCUGUUCGUCGUCACCUUCAGCACCUUCCUGCUGUGCUGCGUGGAGUACGACGUCCUCUUCGCCAACCGCCCGCUCAACCACAGCCAGGUGCCAGCCCCGGAGCGCAGCAAGGUGACGCUGCCCGACGCCAUCCUGCCCGCGCCGCAGUGCGCCCAGAGGAUCCGCGCCAACGGCUGGGUCAUCUUCCUGCUGGUGAUGGCCGCGGUGUUCUGGCUGUACCGCCUGGUGAAGGUGCUGUGCAGCCUGCUGAGCUACUGGGAGAUCCGCGCCUUCUACAUCAAGGCCCUCAACAUCCCCUCGGACGGGCUGUGCAACUACAGCUGGCAGGAGGUGCAGGCGCGGCUGAUCUCGCUGCAGCGCGAGCAGCAGAUGUGCGUGCACAAGAAGGAGCUGACGGAGCUGGACAUCUACCACCGCAUCCUGCGCUUCAAGAACUACACCGUGGCCAUGGUCAACAAGUCGCUGCUGCCCGUCCGCUUCCGCCUGCCCCUGCUGGGCCACGUCGUCUUCCUGACGCAGGGCCUCAAGUACAACCUGGAGCUGCUCCUCUUCUGGGGCCCCGGCUCGCUCUUCCAGAACAAGUGGAACCUGCAGCCGCAGUACAAGCGGGCGGGCUCGCGGCUGGAGCUGGCGCAGCGCCUGGCGCGCACCAUGGUGCUGCUGGGGCUGGCCAACCUGCUGCUGUGCCCCUUCGUGCUGGUGUGGCAGGUGCUCUACGCCUUCUUCAGCUACACCGAGGUCAUCAAGAGGGAGCCGGGCAGCCUGGGCGCGCGGCGCUGGUCGCUCUACGGCCGCCACUACCUGCGCCACUUCAACGAGCUCAACCACGAGCUGCAGGCGCGCCUGAGCCGCGGCUACAAGCCGGCCACCAAGUACAUGAACUCCUUCACCAGCCCGCUGCUCACCGUGCUGGCCAAGAACGUCGGCUUCUUCGCCGGCUCCAUCCUGGCCGUGCUCAUCGUCCUGACCGUCUACGACGAGGACGUGCUGACCGUGCAGCACAUCCUCACCGCCAUCACCCUGCUAGGGCUCGUGGUCACGCUGGCCAGGUCCUUCAUCCCUGACGAGCACAUGGUGUGGUGCCCGGAGCAGCUGCUGCAGCGCGUCCUGGCGCACAUCCACUACAUGCCCGACCACUGGCAGGGCAACGCCAGCAAGUCGGAGACGCGCAACGAGAUGGCGCAGCUCUUCCAGUACAAGGCGGUCUUCAUCCUGGAGGAGCUGCUGAGCCCCAUCCUCACCCCCCUCAUCCUCAUCUUCGCCCUGCCCGCCCGCGCCCUGGACAUCAUCGACUUCUUCCGCAACUUCACGGUGGAGGUGGUGGGGGUGGGCGACAUCUGCUCCUUCGCCCAGCUCGACAUCCGCAAUCACGGCAACCCCCAGUGGCUGUCGGCGGGGCAGACGGAGGCCUCGGUGUACCAGCAAGCCGAGAACGGGAAGACGGAGCUGUCGCUGAUGCACUUCGCCAUCACCAACCCGCGCUGGCAGCCGCCCCCCCAGAGCGAGCUCUUCCUCAGCCACCUGAAGGAGAAGGUGCAGCAGGACGCGGCCGCCGCGCCGCCCGCACAGCGCAUCCUGGCCGAGGGGCCCCUGGGCACCUCGCUGCUCUCCGACGACUCGGCCACGGCGCCGGACGGCUUGCUGGCCAGCGUGCUGGCUCGCCCCAUCCUCUCCGCCAGCGGGCUGGUGUCCCGGGACCGGCGCUUCAUCCAGCCCUGCAGCACGGCCAGCGCCGCCGCCAGCGUCCUGGCGUCCCUCUCGUCCCCGCUGCCCGGGCGGGCGCGCGUCCCCUCCGCCGACAGCCCCGGCUGCCACAGCGACCGCCUGCUCCCGGAGGAGAGCUUGCUGCUGAGUGAGUCGCGCCUGCUCAGCCUGAGCCGCUCCGCUGUGCUCGCCGAGGUGGCGUCGGCCGAGAUGAGCCUGCACGCCAUCUACAUGCACGAGCUCCACCAGCAGCAGCAGCAGGGCCCUGCGCCCCUGGCCGUGGGGCUGUGGGUGGCUGCAGGGGCUCCCAAGCAGCCCUCCGUGACCGCAGGCUCGGCCGCCCGCGCCUCGCAGGCUCAGCUCCGGGAGCUCCGGGAGAUGCCGCUGGGAGGCUGGGCCGAGGAAGAGGAGGAGGAGGAGGAGGAGGAGGAAGAGGAGCAGACGACGGGCUAGCUGCCCGCUGCGCCGGUUCCUGGGUGCACCAACAGCGCCCGGCCCCCCCCCAGCCCGGGGGAGCUGCUGGAGGGGGCGGCCGGGGCUGGGGGCCGUGGGGCCGCUCGACGCCGCCUGCUGCAGCCGGGGGCCCGACCGUGGGGACCCCCGCGUGGCUGCGCCUCCGUGCCGGUGCCUGGCCUGCGGUGUGGGGCCGGGGCGCUGCCGGGGGCAGCCGGCCCCACCAGGUGCUAUAUUUAUAUGGGGGGCACGGCGCACCCGGGGCUGCUGCCGUCCCUGCUGCCCACCCGUGCCGGGGCCCCCCCAUUGCUGUGGCCAAGCCUGGGGUGACGCAGGACCCCCCCUCGGCCCCGGGAGCCCCAGGGGCAAAUAAAGGUUUACAGACUGGC